GUUGUUGCUGGCUUGUGGGUGUCGAAGCAGUGUCGCGGCGCAAUGUUGAAAGUGGUUUUUGGGUAAACAAAAUCCGUUGAUAAGAUAUUCGCACGGAGUUAAUCGCGAGUUGCGCGGCGUAUUUACCGUUGGCAAGCCAGAAAAAAGUUCAGCAUCAAUUGCGGUUUAAAGCCAGGCUUCAAUUCCUGUGGGCGCGCGUGUGUGUGUGUGCGUUUGUGCCAUCGGUGUGUAUGUGUUUUGAGCCCAUAAGCGUAGCCCGAAAAAAGAAGUUUUCCUGUUACCAUAUUUUUUACCAAAGGCCAAAAGGGCGCAGCAUCUUCGCUCUUUAUCUCUCCGCAAUAUCGCUCUCUCGUUCGCUAACGCGAGUUUUGCAACUCCGUUUACCGUUUAUUGUGUGUAAACAGCAGGUGAAAAUAAAACGCGAUAAGUGCGGAGAAAUAGGAGAAGGAGGAGAAAGAGCAGCAAGAAGAAGCAGCAACUCCGCGCAGCCCAACAAAAAGUGACGCAUUAAAAGGUUGCUAAUUACAAAAGGCGAAUCGGUACAGCAUAGUAGCCAGGAAUGGAGCUGGAGCCGCGAGUGGCCAUACUGCAGGACCUGCGCCUGCAGACCUUCGACUCCAUUCGAUUCGCCUCCUACCGCACCGCCUCCAAGCUGCGCUACAUACAGAAGUCCACAAAUCUGCAUUUGGUGGACAUAUGGAAUGUGAUCGAGGCCUUCCGCGAGAACGGGCUGAACACCCUGGAGCCGCAGAGCGAGGUGAGCGUGGCCAGGCUGGAAACCCUGGUCUCCUCCCUCUACCACAACCUCAACAAGCGCCUGCCCACCGCUCAGCAGGUGCCCGUGGACUCGAAGGCGGGUCUGCUGCUCAACUGGCUCUUGGCUGCGUACACAAGUGAUAACUCGGGCAAGAUUCGCGUUUUCUCCAUCAAAGUGGCCCUGGCCACCAUGUGCUCUGGCAAACUGGUGGACAAACUAAGAUACAUAUUCUCGCAGAUCUCGGAUGGCGCUGGACAGCUGGUGGCCUGGAAGCUGGGCGAGUUCCUGCGCGAAGUGCUGGCCCUGCCGGCGGCCGUGUACGAGUCGCCCACAUUCCACUACAAGGAGGGGCUCGAGGAGGAGAUCUUCCCGGCCGAGAACAAGGUGACGGUGAACGACUUUAUGGCCACGCUGAUGUCCGAGCCGGGGCCGUCCUGCCUCGUCUGGCUGCCGCUGGUGCACCGGCUGGCCACCGUGGAGACCAUUGUGCAUCCGACUGUCUGCUCUGUUUGCCACAAGGAAAACUUCACCGGGUUUCGUUAUCGCUGUCAGCGGUGUCACGCCUACCAGUUGUGUCAGGAGUGCUUCUGGCACGGCAAGACAUCGCUGAACCACCAGAACGAUCACGAGGUCAAGGAGUACUCGAGCUACAAGUCGCCCAGCAAACAGAUCGGUCACUCGCUGCGCAAGAGCUUCCGCUGUGUGCCCGAGAAGACGGUGCAGGUGCUCCCCCGCUUCCCCGACCAGCCGGAGAAGACGCUCAACCUGUCGCACAUCGUGCCGCCCUCGCCGCUGCCCUCGCACAACGGCUUCUCGGACCCCUCGGGCCUCGUACAUGGCCACCACGGCCCACAUCCGGGUCUUCCGGGCCAGCACGGCCUUUUCGAUCGCUCCAGCACGCUGGACUCGCGGGCCACAGGCCGCAGUCUGGACAGCGCCAGCGGCACUGCUGGCACCACCAUGUCUCGCGUGGCCGCCGCAUCUGCCAACGACGAGGAGUACCGCCUGAUUGCCCGCUAUGCCGCCAGAUUGGCCCAGGAAAACCGAGCGCCAUCCAACUUGCCCGACAAUGCCACACCGAUUGGCACAGAUAACUCGCGAGCCCAACGCGAGCUAAUUGCCCAACUGGAGUCGAAGAACAAGGAGAUAAUGCGGGAGAUAGCGCGCCUGAGGCGUCAACAGGAGACGGAGCAGAUGGCCCCAGAGAAUCCGGCGCUAAUCAAUGAACUGCGUGCUCUAAGGCAGCGGAAAGGAGAACUAGAGGGCCACCUGGGUGCCUUGCAGGAUUCGCGACGCCAGCUAAUGGAGCAACUGGAGGGACUGAUGCGAAUGCUGAAGAACCAGCAGACAGCAUCGCCUCGCUCCACGCCCAACUCGAGUCCUCGUUCCGGCAAAUCCCCACCAAUGCCCGGCGGAGCUGGUAUCCUGGGCACCUCCCCCAUGAGUGCACUGCACGCCCAGCAGAUGCAGCAACAUCCGAUGGCAGGAGGAGUCAGAGCCAGCCAGCAGCAACUCCUCCAACAGCAACAGCAGCAGCAGGCUCAUGGCCAUGGGCCAUUCAGCCAGAGUCAGCUGGAGCAGCUCAACCAGAUUAGCAGCGAUAUGCGCAGCGCCUUCGCCGCCAACGGAAGUGCAAAUUUCGACGAAUCUCAAUCGUAUAACCAAGAGUGGAAUGAAAAGGCAAAUGCGAAUAGCCAAUGGCAGGAGCAGUUUGCACAAUGGAGUCUUAAUUCGCAAAAGAACUAGGACCUGGCUACAAGUGGAAACCGCAGGACUGGGAAUCUCCAGAGGCAGCUGGACGGAUGAAGACGAAUUCUCGCUUAGCUUUCUACCUUACCUUAACUCAUACGUUGACUUAGAGCAAUUUAUUUAUUGAUUACUUUACUGAGCCGUAGCCUACACUACCUUAAUCAUUAUAAUUUAUACUUUGCGGAUUGGUAUCUACACGGAAACAUUGUAUGUAAACAGAUAUACGCAUCUAUAUGAUUAUUUUAUUGAAGCAAAAGAUAUGAAUAUAGCUGAUAAAAAAGACUUGCAGUUGCACUGCUCUUCGAAGUCGCAAAACCAUUGAAUCUCGUUGAAACUUUUACGAUCGUACUGCUAAAGGGCAAUAAGAGGUAUGGUGUUUUAAUUUUAGGUUUCCGCGAUUUCGUAAUUGGCUUUUAGAUUUUGUAAGCGCCCGCGCCGCGUCAGCGGUUAUUUAUUACCAAGAAACUUAACAAAUUGAAAAUCAAAUCACGUAAUGCGUAAUACAAAUACGAUAUAGACAUUGACAUAUUAUGUACUUAAUAACUAGCAACUUGUUGAGAACCUAAAAUCAAAUUCUAAAUGCUAUACAUUAUAUACAUUAUACACUUUGAGAUACGAUAAAGCCAACAACUAUUUGAGUCACAUGAAAGAGAAACCCAAUGUUGAACACUAAAACGAAAAACUAAACACGAUUUAUAUAUAUUAUCCAUUUAUAAUAUGCAUUCAUACAAGAAAAGUUAUACCAUAUAAUCGUAACGGCAUAGAGCACGACAUAGAGAAAAUCCGACAUUUAUAGAACUUAUACAUAACUACUGAAUAAACUUACAAAGAAGAGAAAACUAAA